AUCGUUUCAUUUCCUGAAAACCUUAGCACAACUUUUCUUCUCUUAAUCCAAAAGCAAACAAGCAACAAUGGCAACCCUGUCUAGUGUUAGCCUCGUAAGCCUAAGAGCUGUAGCCAACGUACGGGACUCAAAAAAGGGUGGCCCCGUCAAGGUGGCAACCCUAAGCCAGCCCUGGAAAAGGGUGUCCCAGUCCCAGAGGCGGAUGCAGGUAAUGAAGCCAGUGAGAGCUGCCCCAGAUAGCAUAUCGGAGAAGGUGGAGAAAAGCGUCAAGGAAGCACAGGAGGCGUGCUCGGAUGACCCGGCGAGCGGAGAGUGUGUAGCGGCAUGGGACGAGGUGGAAGAGCUGAGUGCAGCAGCCAGCCACGCGAGGGACAAGAAGAAAGACAACGAUCCUUUGGAGAAUUAUUGCAAAGACAACCCGGAGACAGAUGAGUGCCGCACUUACGAUAAUUGAAGUAUUAUUAUAUUAUGACGUCCUUUUUUGUGUUGGGUGAUGAAAAAUUUGGAGUUGUCCUAAAACUCUUUUUAAGUUGUUAAUGUCACACUGAAGAUGUUAUUGGUGGUUUACUUGUUAAAAUCAUGUAAUCCUAUACCAUACCACACACUGGAAAAAGAAAAGAAGAAAAGAUUAAUUAAAAGAGUAGCAUAUACUAUA